AUGCGUGAGGAAGGUGGUGGUUUAGAUUUGUAUGUUGGUGGCGAUGGAGCACGAUACUCAAACUUUGGAGGUGGCGAUGUGGCUGGAUUCUUUUUUGCAGGUAUUGGCGGAGGAACAUUGUGCUUGGGCAGUGGAGUCGCAAGGUUGAAAGGAGGUGGUGGUGAUGGAAGAGAAAGCUCGACUUUUGGAGGUGGAGAAGCAUCAUUACUGGCCGGUGGUUGUGGUGAUGGUGGUGACACAAACAAAGGUAUUUGUGGUGGUGGUUGUGUGGGUGGUAGUAAUGGAUAUACUGAAGGCGGACAUUUGGUGCAAGGCGAAGGUGGUGGUGAUGGAGGAUUGAAGCUAGUCGUUUCCGGUGGUGGUGGUGGUGGUGGUGGUGACAACUCGUAUACUGGCGUUUGUACCACUGGUGGUAGAGGAUUGAACAUGGUUGUUUGUGGCAUCGGCGGUGGUGGUGAAUUGAACAUGCUAGUUUGUGGGGGGAGUGGUGGAGAAUUAAACAUGGUUGUUUGUGGUGGCGGUGGUGGUGGAGGGACGGGUGGUAGAGGAUUGAACAUGGUUGUUUGUGGCAUCGGCGGUGGUGGUGAAUUGAACAUGCUAGUUUGUGGGGGGAGUGGUGGAGAAUUAAACAUGGUUGUUUGUGGUGGCGGUGGUGGUGGAGGAUUGAACAUGGUUGUUUGA